AAAAGGAUUUCUUGGCGCAAAAAACUUUUACUCACGCCAAGAAAAUUUUUACUUGUCCUAAGAAAUUUUUCGCAUUAUGAAUUGAAAGCGUAAAUUUUUUUGGGGCGAGAAAAAAUUUUCUUGAGUCAAGAAAAAAAUUUUUGGGGCAAGAAAAAAUUUUUUGUCCUAAGAAAAUUUUCGUUUUCAUUUCAUAAUGCAAAUUUUUUCUUGUCCCAAAAAAUCCUUCUUUUCUGUGUAGUUGCCAUUGAAAAAAAUGAUUUUAAAAAUUUCAAUUCCCAGAAGAAAAUUUUGUAAAAAAAAAAAAAUAAUAGUCGAAAUGACGGUUGAAAAAAUUUUUUGGGUCGUCCGUUUCGCUCACCCGGUUCCGUUUCGCCCGGCCUUCCUCUAUAUGUAUCUGUAGAAUAAUAGAUAGCACAUACACAUCAUCAAUAAGUUGAAUGGAUCUGGGGAAAUGAUCGGGUUUGUAUCAUAAUAACGUGUAACAAACACCAUGGUAACCUAGGACAACAAGCUGUCAGAUGAUAGGUAAACUUUUAAUCAAUAAACGGGUGACUGGAGUUUGGAGAAUGUUAAAGGUAUAUGCCCGCUUAAAACUUUCUUCUUCUUCUUCUUCUUGUUCUUCUUGUUCUUAUAGUUGUACGUUAUAUGCAAUACUUAGACACGUACAUACUAAUUUAGAUUGUGUUUGUAUUCGUUACUAUUCAAACGGUGUAUAUAAUGCCGUGACGAGGGUGGUGACGCCGGCACAACGGACUUUAUUCCAGAGGGCAAUGGAUCGCAACUCAUGAGUAGUCUAGUCAGUCCGCGUGUACCUCCCGACAACGAUUCAUUGUUCCUUUUAAUUCAGUAUUUCAUUUUAUUUAUUUAGCUAUUAGUUCAUUAGCUUUUAUUAAAGUUUACUAUUUGUUAUCUAUCACGUUUAUCUCAUUUGCUUUUUGCUUAUUUGGUUUCAUUCACCGGUUUCAACAAGACCUGGUUGCUGAAGUAUGUCAAGACCAACGAGACAACUGUCAUUGCAACAGCCGGGGCGAGGGACGCAGCGGUCGCAGAUCCGUCGACAGAAAUCUGCAGAUGGAUCUGGAUCCGCGGGUGGAACCGCUGCGAUUUAUGACACGAAUCAGCGAUCCAAGAAACCCUGGAAUGGUGAGAGGCCCAAGGUUAGAAUCGCGUGGUCAUCUACGGGAACAGAAGAAACCAAAGUAGAAGUUGUUGCCUCGCGGAUCGGUACGUCUUCAGGUAAAAACCGCGGACUGUGUGCGGCUUCCGGUUCGUUAAUUAAUUCGGACAAAGCGACUAUUUUGUACUCGCGUCAAGAAUUAGCUGAGAGAUUGCGUCUCGCGUGGAAACAACGCGAAGCUAAUAAGUCUAAUAUUGAUAUUUUUUUGGCCCACGAAACGGUUGAUGAUUCUUCGUCACGUUGCGAGUCACGUUUGUCGACAAUUAGCUGCGAUUUGUUGAAAAAUGAUGACAAAGAUAUUUACACUCUGGGUAUUUCGGGUGAUACCUCCGGUGAGUGUGAAGACGAGCCUGAUUGUGUUGACGGGGACAAAGAUAAAGUCCCGGAUGCUAGAGCCAAAAGGGCUUCUUUUCAAUCUGGAACAAAUGCUGCUUUCAUGGGACCAAUUGAUAAAACAUUUAUUAAGGAAACUGUCAAAGACAUUUCUCUGGAGAAAAAAGAACGUGCUGUCACCCCAGACUAUAGAGUCAACAAGAGGACAAAUUCUGCACCACCUCUACAGAGAAGAGGAUCGCCACUAACUCUAGGCCAUUUGGGCGCCGGUCGUUCUAAAGUAAAUAUUGUUAUUGACACCCCGAAAAUUUCACGACCUCGAGAUAGCGGUUCAUUGAGAGACGUCAGGAUCGACCGAAAAGAUGCUGUGGUAAAAAGUCUAAGUCCUCAUGAUGAUUCCAAGAGCACAUCUCAAAAUUCUGGGCCCGCUGACCGGGUGGAAAAGAACCACAUCACCAAAUUUAUUACAAAAAAGAGAAUCAGAACGGGAAAGCGGAGGGUAGAAGAGUGUGGUAGCAAAAAGAACGAAAGCAAAUUGAAUCCUGAUGUUAUUACAAUGGUGUCAUUAGUCAGCGAUGCAGACAGCGAUUCGGAAGUUGAAAGAAAUUCACCGAGAGAUGAUAAGCUCGUAAGACAGCUACGUAGCAAUUUACCUACCACGCCGAUUAUCAAGGGCUGUUCAUCUUUGAUGAUGAACACGAAUAAUCUGAGCGUUUUUUCGGCUGAUAAUUCUCUGAUGCCCUCACGACGUCCUCUGAAAUCAGUUUCAUUUCAGCAAGAUUCGAUAGACGGCGAGCUUACGAUCCGACCGAGAAGUGAAGACAAGAAGACAAAAUUUUUCAACGAAAGUCUUUCUAAAGUAAUUCUCCAAGCAGAACUUGACGGUGCGAUUCGUACUUCGCCGCUCGACGAAAUGAAGCGUCCGUGGCUCGAAACAAACGCUUCGGAAUCGCAAGUGCUGCCGUCUGGGGGGAUGUACUGGAAGUCUCCGGAAGACUGCCCACUCACAGAUCGGGAGAAAAGAUGUCUGGUGGUCCCAAUUGGGGACCCGCAGGACAAAAAGCGAAAACUUUUGCUACAGAGAACAAAAAGUGUACCCUGCCGAACAACGAACGAUGAGAACCAAUUGACUAUGCAAAUCGAGGCUAAAGAACCAGCUGUUCUUAGUUCUGAUAAACAAACAGAGUUGUCUUCCAUUACGCGAACUGAUACGGAUAUUUUUCCUAAAACUUCUAUUUCCAAAAUCUUACAGAGGAACAGUUUUGACGAAAGAACUAUCGAUAUAGGAAUGGACAAUGAUGGCCAAACUGCGGAACCUGUUCUGGGAACUACCAAAGAAAAGGAAUGCUGGCAUUUGUACAGAAGGAUGUGCGAUAAAGGAGUUUGCGUUUCAUUUGACACUGUCCUGAGGGGAAUGCUCACACCGACAGAAUACAGAUUAAGAAGAAGAGAAAUUACAUAGCAGGAAGUGAAAGAAGUUGGUAAAACUUCCGAAAGUAAUGAUAGUUCUAAUAAGUGUUU